AUGAGAGGUUGGUGUCGACUCUGGAUCUAUAAUUAUGGUAUAUUAGUAAACCCCCUAUGCCAAUUGCUGCAAACAGAAACGAAGGAAUUACAGUGGACUGGGGAAGCAAAAUGGGCAUUUAAUGAAUUAAAGAAGGAAUUAAUGAGGGCCCCAGCCCUCGGACUGCCAGAUGUCACCAAACCCUUUUGGUUAUUUUCACACGAGAGACAAGGCAUAGACCUUGGGGUCCUAGCUCAAAAUAUAGGACCCUAUAAAAGAGCUGUAGCUUACUUCUCAAAGCAACUAGAUGAAGUAGGCAAAGGAUGGCCUGGAUGCUUAUGGGCAGUAGCAGCCGUAGUCCUAAAUAUCCAGGAAGCUCGAAAAUUUACUAUGGGACAAAAGAUUAUUGUCCUGCUAUCACAUACCAUAUCUGCGGUACUGGAAAAAAGGGGGCACUGGCUGUCUCCCUCUCGGUUCCUUAAGUACCAAGCGAUAUUGGUAGAAGCAGAUGAUGUAGAUAUAGUCACUACUAAUAUUGUCAACCCAGCCUCUUUUCUCAGCAAUGCCGCAGCAGUCGGGGAACCAGUAACCCAUGACUGCCUAGAAACCAUCGAAGCUACUUACUCAAGCCGGCCUGAUUUAAAAGAAGAACCCUUGCCGAAAACAGAAACCUGGUUCACUGACGGAAGCAGCUUUGUUCAAAAUGGAGUUCAGAAAGCAGGAUAUGCUGUAACCACUACUCAGAGAACCAUUGAAGCCCGAGCCCUCCCAGCAGGAACAUCGGCGCAAAAAGCCGAAAUUAUUGCUCUAACAAAAGCACUAGAAUUAGCCAACAGAAGAGACAUUAAUAUUUGGACAGACUCAAAAUAUGCGUUUGUAGUAGUUCAUGCCCAUGGGGCUGUGUGGAAAGAGCGCAGGCUUUUGAUGUCUCACAGAAAACAAAUCAAGCACUCUGCAGAGAUAUUGAGGCUUCUUGAAGCUGCAAGAUUACCGAAUUGAGUGGCAGUGAUGCACUGCAGAGGACACCAAAGGGGUGACACGGAUCAGGAAAAAGGAAACCGAGUGGCAGAUUUAGAGGCAACAAGAGCGACAGAAGAAGGAGAGGUAAUGGACACUCGAUCAAGAGGUCUUGAUCACCCAUUACAUGACGUUAAGCCGGGAGACUGGAUUUACAUUAAAUCAUUCACAGGGCAUCCAUUAGGUGAAAAGUGGAAAGGACCGUACCAGACACUCCUGACGACAUACACUGCAGUGAAAGCUCGUGGGAUAACCACUUGGCUGCACUACUCCAAGAUAAAGAAAGCCCCUGCACCAGAAAAGUCUACUGCGACAUGA